AUGACAAUCAUCACUUUGGCCAAUGGUGAUGGCGAACACACCGCACCCAUCGCUUCGAUGGAUGCGCUAAUUAUUGGCACUGGACCAGCUGGUGCAGCUUUGGCAGCUUUCCUGGCGAACUAUGGAAUUCGCGGAACUAUGAUAAGCUCGUGUCCCACGAACGCAGAUACCCCCAGGGCUCACAUCACAAAUAUGGCUGCCAUGGAGUGUUUACGCGAUUUUGGUAUAGACGCAGAAUGCAACCGCCUCGCUACGAAUGGGAUAAACAUGAUGCAUACCCGAUGGGCGUACAGUAUGGCAGGAGAGGAAUAUGCCAGAAUUCAUUCUUGGGGCCAUGACCCAAAAAGAAAGGGAGACUAUGAAGCCGCAAGUCCCUGCGACCCCGUUGACCUCCCACAAACCCUUCUCGAACCAAUCCUCGUUCGCAACGCAACACUCAACGGCUUCAAAUGCCGUUUUGACACAACGUUUGUUGGCUUUACAGAGGAUCAAGAUAGUGUUCUUUCAACACUGAAAGACAACAUUUCUGGAGCUCUAUACCAAAUUCGCUCGAAGUAUCUAUUUGGCGCGGACGGUGCUCGCAGUGAAGUCUUCCGUCAACUGGAGCUUCCACUAGAUGUGCGACCGGAUCAAGGAGUGGCAUACAAUGUGCACCUCAAGGCGGAUCUCUCCAGUUAUAUGCAAUACCGCACGGGCAACCUCCACUGGCUCUUGCAGCCAGACAGGGAGCACCCUCUCUUUGGCUGGGCAUGCAUAGCAAGGAUGGUCAAGCCGUGGGAUGAAUGGCUAUUCAUUGUCCUUCCCGAGCGUGGGAGGGAGUUGGAAACCAACCCAUCUGAUGAGCAGUGGGAACAGCGGAUGAAAGAAUUUAUCGGGGAUGAUUCAAUCUCGACAGAAAUUCUGGGUGUUUCCAAGUGGCGGAUCAACGAUGUUGUUGCAAAGAAGUUCUCCAAAGGCAGAGUAUUCUGCUUGGGAGAUGCUGUGCACCGGCAUCCACCAUCCAAUGGUCUUGGCUCCAACACAUGCAUUCAAGAUUCUUAUAAUCUGGCAUGGAAGGUCGCUCACGUCUUGAAAGGACAUGCAUCACCUUCUAUUCUCGAAACAUACACAGAAGAGCGCCAACCUGUCGCUCGCGGCGUCGUGACUCGCGCAAACUCCUCCUUCCGCCACCACGGACCUGUCUGGGAAGCUCUAGGCGUGACUCUCCCGACACCCGAUCUGAGAGUCGAAGCUCUGAACGAGCUCACACUACCCACCGAGCAGGGGCGUGCCCGUCGCAGCCGAUUGCAAGCUGCCAUUGAAGAGACAGAGCACGAAUACCAUGCGCUCGGUACUGAGAUGGGCCAAUACUAUCAAAGUUCCGCCAUCUACACUGCAGAUGAAACAGAGUCUUUCUACAGUCCCGAGGUUGUCGCCAAAGAUCGUGAUCUCUGCUUGACACGGAGCACGUAUCCCGGCUGCCGCCUUCCUCAUGUGUGGCUCAACGACGCCGUCCCGGUCGAGCGCAUCUCCAGCAUUGAUUUAGCUGGACAUGGAACUUUCACUCUUCUGACCGGUAUUGGAGGUGGAUGCUGGAAAUCGGCAGCUGCCCAAGUUGGCGCUGGCCUUGGGAUGGAGAUCAAAACAUACGCCAUCGGUUUCCGGCAGGACUAUGAAGAUGUGUACUUCGACUGGGCUCGCGUCCGGGGUGUUGAUGAGACGGGGUGUGUUCUUGUGCGACCUGACCGAUUCGUCGCGUGGAGAUGCGAUGUGGUACUUGGAGAUUCGACUCAAUGUGCUUCCAAGCUACGCGAAGUCAUGAUCAGUAUCCUGGGGCGAAAGUAG